AUGCAUUGUAAAGUCCUAAAACUGGGAGACGUAUGGAGGACGUGCAACAAAAUCCGAGCGGCGAUUUUCCGCAUGGGCAUAAAUCUUUUGGAAUACUUUACGAGACUCGAUCCGCACAAAAAUUGCCUCAUAUCAGAGUCGCAAUUUAUUUCGGUGAUCCACGGUCAGUUGGGUGCCACUAUUGGCUUAUCGGAACAAGAAGUUGCCGAAUUAGCUGAUUAUUUUCGCGUUCCAGAUGGAAGGAUUUAUUAUACGCAAUUGUGCGAUGUUAUUAAUGAUAGCGUGCCUAAAUUCAGCCAGAACGAUUCAAUUGUAACUGGUUUGGAAUGGGAGGACCCUCUACACACCAACAGGCUCAGUAUUUCCGAAGAAAGACGUCUAAAUGUUCUCAUAACGAAAAUCGCUUCGUUGGUUAAUAUGAAAAAACUCAUUCUACGGCCUUAUUUUCAAGAUUAUGAGCUGGUAUCAAAAAACUGUGGAACCGUUACAAUAGCUCAUUUCGCCCGAAUUAUGGCCUAUUUGGGCAUCCUCUUAUCAGCAGAUGAUUUCAAUUUGCUGGUCAAGAAAUACCUAAAAGACAGCUACACUUUGAAUUAUAUAGCGUUUUUGAAAGCUAUAGAUGAAAUUAUCCAGUAUCUCGAUGCGCAUGGGAUAUUGGAUUUGAGCGGAGAUAUUAUGGCAAUUUUUCCUGGCAGAGUCAUAAACGCUGAACUACCGAAACUACCCAGACCGGAAAUCGGCAAAAUAAUGGCCUCGAGAAUCUUCGGAAUACAAAACAUCUUCCACCCGGCAUUGGAAGACCCCAAAAAAAUCGAGCACAUUCUAACAACCAUUUCGAUGAUCCAAGAGCACGUGCUGAGAAACAGGUUGCGCGUAAGCACCUUUUUCAAGCACUUUGAUCUACUGAAUUCUGGAAGGAUCACUGUGGAUCAAUUUCAUCGCGGCUUGGAUGCGCUGGCUCUUAAUGGCAAACAAAGAUUUUUCUUGUCACUGCCUGAUGUUCAAGCUAUAAUUAAUCAGUAUCGGGAUCCUUGCGAUCCUAAACGAGUUUGCUGGAAGACUUUCGAAGAUGAUAUUGAUCAUAUUUUUACAACAAAAGAAUUGGAAAAAUAUCCUAGCAUGGAAGUGACAACGCACAAAAGAGACAACGAAGAAGUUCCAAAAGUAGGCAGUGUCAAUUGGCAAAGUGUUAAUAAGGAACAAAGAAGCUUGUGCGAAGAUGCCGUCUAUAAAGUUAAACAAAAAAUUAUCCAUAGGAGGAUUUUGUUGAAGCCGAUGUUCAAAGAUUUCGACAAGCAUAACAAUGGCCAUGUUAGUCGCAGUCAAAUGAGACAAGCCUUAAAUUCCAACGGAAUUCUGCUAUCUGACGAAGAACUAUUUUCUCUAGAACAAAGAUUCAAAAACGAUAUUGGUUUCAAUUACGUUUGGUUUUUGAAGGAAGUGGAACCUAAACCUGACGAUGAUCCACUUUAUAUGGAUUUUGUUGAAGACAUGAAACGCCUAAACGCGGAACCUGCCAAACGACCGGCCACCAGACAAGAGAAAGAUAUUCUUCAGAUUUUGGCUAAAAUUAAAGGGAGAGUUGUAAGGGAAAGGAUUCGGGUUUUGGAUUUUAUGAAAGAUUUUGACAGAUGCAACGAACAAGUGAUCACUCGUACAAACUUCCACAGAGCUUUGCUCACUUGCGGAUUCGAGCUCAGCUGUAACGAAGUCGAAACCCUUGUGGAUGUAUUUGCUUCACCGUUGCGGCAAGAGUGCGUCGAUUAUCGUCAGUUUGCUGAUACCGUAGAAGAAGCCUUCACGCAAUCUUGUCUGGAACGGGCUCCGCUCAUCGUGCCCAUCCAGCACGUGCCCACCAAAGAUUGCGAAAAGAAUUUCUUGAAUUUCGACGAGAGGUUGAUUUUGAGCGUGGCCAUGCAAAAGUUGUCCAAGAAGCCCGAUUUGAAGAUGAAUUUGUCUUCAGUUGUAGCGGACUUUGAUAAAACAAAUUGCGGCACGGUGUCCAGGACGAACUUUAUGAAAGCGCUAACGGUACGGGGAAUGUUGAAUUUGAUUUCCAAUAACGAGUUCGAUGUGAUUUGUAAAUGUUUCGGGUUCGAGAGGGGCUUGCGCGACGAAGUCGAUUAUAGGGCUUUUAUGAGAGCUCUGGAUAUUUUGUAUGCGACAGAUAAAUAUAAUCCAUUUUAAAUUGAUUUGUGAUUUAAAUAAAUUUUCAAUCAAUCAAGCUUUAUAUUUUAUUGUUGUUAUUAUAACCAAAAUGUUAUUAAAAAUCGCGUGUGAAAAGUGCUAUUUUCAACACA